CUCCUGCUGCGGCUUUGCACUCCAGGAAGAUGACAGCCUCUCUCCUAGGACAAAGAAUCCAGUGCAAGGCAGUCUACCUUCUUGCUCAACAGGGACAGCACUGAAAAAGAAUAUGCAGGGUGCAGCUCCCACUGACAUGGAGCUCAUCUCCUCCAUGAUGCAAAAAAUUGCUCUGUUGGAACAAAACGUAAAGAAACAAGCACAGGAAAUCCAAUUGAAGGACAGGAAGAUUGCUGAACUUGAGGGGAAGAUGAAGACCCUUCAGAAAGGAGAAGAUGCUCCUGACUCAUCCAGAGCAGAGAAACUGGAAACGAGGUGCCUUCAGCUGCAGACCCAGGUCUGGGAGAUGGAGCGGUUUCUAAAUGACUAUGGUCUGAUUUGGGUUGGAGAGAGUCAUGAACAGCUGGAAGAUUCAGAAUCACUCAAGGAUAAAGAAAAGCUGCCAGCAAGGAGCCUCUGGAAGCCAGGUGAAGCAGUUGCUUCAAAACACCAGAUUGAUUUUGACUUAAUUUUGGAAAACGUGAAGGAUUUGAAUGCCCUGGCUGGGGAAGGCAUUUCUCAAAUCGAGCACAUGCCUGGGGGUGCUCGACUGAGACAGCCAGAAGCCCUCCCUCUUAUGCUGUAUCAAAAUGGGAUCAUCCUGUGCAAUGGACCCUUUCGGCCCUACGAGGAACCAUCUACACAGCAAUGCCUACAGGAUAUCAUGGAUGGCUAUUUCCCUUCAGAGUUGCAGACACGCUACCCCAAUGGUGUUCCUUUACAGGUCACUGACAAGAGGGACGUGGUAUUUCGGGAGAGAUGCCUUCCAGGGAGUUUUCCUGGCCAUGGCCAAGUGGUUGGCCAUUCAAAAUCAAGUGAGGUGCAGGAAACCACCGAGAUCCCAGGUCCCAAACUCUCACUGGAGCAGUUUCUGAACAAACUCCCUAAGUCCUUGAUCCGUGGAGGACAAGCGAUCGCUGUCCGAGACUCAAUCAGAGCAACGCUGCAGGGCUCUGAUGGGGCGCAGAGCAGUGAAGUGAUCCGAGUGGAGACACCUAAGCUGUCUGCCCUGAAGAGGGUGAAGACAGCUGAAGAGGCUGAGCCUCCUGCCCCAGAUAUCUGCACUCUCCGGAUCAAAUCUGAGACCGGGGAGCAGACAUACGUUGUAAAGAUGCUCUUCACAGAAACCAUAGGGGACCUGCGCCAACACCUCACCCACACCAGGGGUGGAGACUCCGAGUCAUAUGAGAUCAUCAGCACCUUUCCCCAGAGGGUGUACGCGGACAACUCCCAGAGCCUGCAGGACUGUGGCCUGACCCCUCAUGCCUCCUUGCUGCCGAGAAAAGACCCCUUCCAGCAAGGGGGGACAGGGCUGCAAACACCUCAACAGCUUCUAGCAAGACAGUUGCCAUUCCAGCUGCUCCUCCUGUCAGGACUGGGCUGGUCUCUGAAAGAGGAAGGAGUUGUCUUGGGCAGUUAGCCAAAUUAUAACCUCUCCCCAAGCUGGGAAUAGAGAGGAGAGGGUUGUCUUUCUAGAUUUAGUUUCAUAGCACGAUUACCUGGGGCAGAGAGGAGAGCUCCGAGGCAUCGGUUUGGCCUCUCCCUUCAGCAGAGGUGCCACAUGCCAGGCCCAGUCCUGCUGCCUUGCAGGCAGGUAUUUUCCCCCAAGACAGGUGGGCUCCUUACACACUGGGGCAUUUCUGUCAGGUAGAGCUCAAACCAGAGGCCUAGUUGCUCACCUCGGUUGAAGGUUAUAUCGGCUGAUCUCUGCUCAGGAAAGGCUGCCAGCUUUAUACCAGUACCAGGCAGUUACUUAGCUGGGCUCAGGGAUUCUCUAGCAGCAAUCGCAUCUGGGCAGGACAGACAAACAGCCAGGGUCAAUCUGCUUUCCACACACAGCUGCUCCCCAGAGAUUUCAACUGCACUUACACCAGGAGAGAAACAGGCUCAGUUAUACGUUCACUGGUAAAGCUAAACCACAAGGCCUCAAGCCAUUGUAAUGCUGGGACUGAGCCAGGCUCAUUUCAGCUAGGAGAUCCUGCUACUGGGUUUCCUGUACGUGAACAACUCCGUCCCUUGGACAGCCCCCAGAUCCAGUGGGGCUGAGGCUCACAGCCCACAGCCGUGCCGAGCCAGCACACAGCAGCGCUGAACUGGGCUGCCCUUCCUCCCCCGGCAGCCUGCUGCAUCCGGGAGCUACGCUGCUGCAACAGGACACCAUGUCAUUGGAGAGCAUAAUCCCUUCGACUCUUCUUUGCUCAAUCCCCAGCAAAACAUCUCCCUCCCUCUCCCAUGGGCCGGGGCCGUGCUCUGUGGGCCCCUUUCCCAGCACAUUCUUCCCGUUUCAGCUAUGACGAGUUCCCACUUGACUCCCAGCUGAUGACACUCCCACUUGCGUGAGGCAGCACCUUCUGGCAGGUUCCUUCUUAGCAGUGGCCCAGCACACGCCGCCACCCAGCCCUCAUUAAAGACUCCCAAGAAGCACUUAGUAGCAGUUUCCACUUACAUUAAGUUUCAAAGCAGUAGUUAGCCCUGGAAGAGGAGAAGAUGCCCACAGCACUUCCUGGCUUAGCUUCACCAUAACCCCUCUGACUGCAGUUGGGCUGCGCACAGCUCAAAUACAGGAAAUGGCCGCUAGUGUGUGCCAGCCACUUCUGCAGGCUCCCAUGACCAGUGACUUGAUCCCUGCAGCUGUGAGUUAGUUUUCUCCUUUUGCCAGCUGUAACAGGCAUAGGAGCACACAGGGAACCCUGCUAUAGGGCAGCCUUUCCCAUCGCCCCUCAGCUGUGAGCCAGUCUAUACCCAACCAGGUAAUUUUUGGGCUUGUCUUUUGCUCGUGUGUCUGGCUGAAGCUGUCCCUCCCCAAAACUGCUGUUCUUACUAGGCACAGGAGAGGACCACCUGAGAGAGGUUAACUGUCACUACUGAACUGUAGGAUAUUCUGGCAAGUCCUGCAAGCCUCUGAUUAGCAACAGCGAUCUAAGGAGUUAAGGUCUUUAUGUCAGGCUGCAGCAAUGAGUGCAACUGACUCAGC